UGUAUGUAUUUCUAAGGUGAAAUAAUGCCCUUGUCAAGUUCUUCUAACAUGUAUAGUAUUGUUGUGUUAGUUCAUGUUGACAGGUGUCCGGAUGUCUCGUCCACAUGUGCUGUCUCUCUACAGGAGGGUCCUGCGCGUGGCACGCAGUUGGAAAGCUCAGUCUGCUCUUCCUCAGGACACCGACGCCGAGGGGAAAUAUAUCGCUCAGGAGGCUCGGACCCUCUUCAGACAGAACCAGCAGAUAACAGAUCAGGAAUCAAUCCAGAGAUGCAUUGAAGAGUGUGAAGCUCGGAUAGAGAUCGGACUGCAUUAUAGGAACCCCUAUCCCAGACCAACAUAUCUUCCACCGAUGGGUCUGGCCACUCAGAAAGGUAGAAAGCUGAAAGCUCAGCAGAGACUGCGGAAACAAGCCAAACCUGUGUACCUACAGUCUCAGGAUGAGACCUGACACACUAACAGACGUCUUCAAGUGUGCAGGAUAUUGUGUUGAAAAACACCAGGGAACAUCAUAAAGUUUGACAGUUCAUGUUGUCCAUAGCUUAAAAAGACUGCAUUAUGAAACCGAUCAGUGCAAUUACUCUCACUGCCAGUGUAAAGCACGGUGAAUGCUAAUGUGAGCUGUUUUGAUUAUGUUAAAAGGUGUAUUUAUUUUGUUGUUAUAUACUACAUUGUAUAAAGGUCUCAGUGAAUGUUGCAUUCUAAGUAUCUAGCUGCGUUUCAAUUCGUUUAUUUCUCAUCAUUCAUUAAACUUUUGAGUUUUAACUAGAAA